AACAUCUUGCAUGCUCUCUGUCCUUGUGCAUCAUAGAAAGCACGUAGGGACGAAGGGAGCUACCUGGCAUGCAUGCCCGCCAAACAUCUUGCAUGCUCUCUGUCCAUGUGCAUCGUGGAAAGCGCGUAGGAACGAGGGGAGCUGCCUGGCAUGCAUGCCCGCCAAACAUCUUGCAUGCUCUUUGUCCUUGUGCAUCAUAGAAAGUGCGUAGGGACGAGGGAACAUGUCGAGUUGUAUGACAUGCAUGCCCGCCAAAGAUCUUGCAUGCUCUUUGUCAUUGUCAUGGAUGAGCCCGAAAGAAAGCAAGCAAGUGAAUUGUUGGACUCGAUCUCAUAACUUUCACAUGAGUUUUUUACGGGAGUCGUUGGACUCGAUCGAUCUAAACAUACAGGCCAGACCACUCGUCUCGUCAUGUAACCAUCGCCGCCUCCAAGUGUGCCGCUAUGGACGCUCCUCUCCCUUCGCCGGCGGAGUGGAGGGACUGGGCGGGGCUGCCCAGUAACAUCAUGUGCGCGAUCCUCAGCCGGCUCCGCAAGCCGACAUCCUCCGCGAGGCGGGAGUUGGACUCGCGUGCAAACCGUGGCGGCGGGCAGCCGUCGAGGAGGACCUGCUGUGGCGGCGCAUCGAUCUGGCCGCUCCCGAGGACGCGGACCGGGACGCCCCGGUGGGAUGGAAGGCCAUGGCCCGCGCCGCCGUGGACCGCAGCGCCGGCCGGUGCGAGUCCUACCGCGGCCGCGCGGACGCCGAUUUCCUCAUCUAUCUCGGCGACAGCGCGCCGUCGCUGAGGAGCCUCCACGUGACGAGCUCGCUCUACAGGGGUGAGGGAGACCUAGUCACGGCGGCGAUCAAGAAGCUCCCGCUGCUGGAGCAGCUGGCGCUGUCGCGCGGCAUCGUGAAGAAGGAAUGGCUGGUGGCCCUCCUCGAGCACUGCCCGCGCCUCGAGCUGCUCGACGCCGGCGGCUGUGUGGCCCUUGAGUUGAUCGGCAAGAGGCUCGUGGAGAGGUGCGAGAGCAGGAUCGGUAAGGGACUCCGGUGGCCGCAACGGGGUGAUGGCGUGUGCCCUUGCUGCGCCAUGCGUGCUCAGAUAUACUCCCUCCGUUCGGUAAUAGUACGAGGGUGCUUGGAUACAAGGAACUAUUUUUAGUCUGACUAAAAAUAGUCUCUUUUAGAGGCUAAAGUCCCAUGACUAAAAGUAGUGGGACUAAAACUUACUAGCCUCACCCAUGCUUGGAUACAAAUACUAAAUAGACUAAAAUGUGUU